AUGUUGAAGGAUCUGACCAUAUCCGACAUUCAUUCCUUGGGAAAGACCCAAGCCAUUGAGAUUCUCUCCCAGAUCACGCGCAUUGAGAAAAAGACUUUCCCAGCAAGCGAGGUGUAUCCAUUUGGGGAGGAGCUCUGGCGAAAAAAACCGAAUACCAGGGUGCUCUAUGUGACCCAAACACCGCAGGGGCCGUUGAUCGCCUAUGCCCUCUAUGUUCGGCAGAAAGGGAUUGCCUUCCUUCACAAGGUUUGUGUGGCAGAAGCGUUCCGCCAGAAGGGAGUUGGGAUGCAGCUGCUGAAGUACAUUCGAACUCGGUUGCAAAAGGAAGGUUGCCAAUAUGUUCAUCUCUGGGUGGAUAAGGGCAGAUGGUCUGCACGGUCAUUGUACAUCCGUAACGGCUUUGAGGAACGUGAGCUGCUUACUGAUUACUAUGCACCGGGAAGGGAUGGUAUCAAAAUGGUCCUCGAUCUCGAGCGUGGGAUUUGA